AGAGUGAGAGCGGCGCACGGGAUCGAAGGUUGGCCGACAGCAUGUCCCGUCCAGCCGUUCUCGCAUUCGUGGCCUUCGCCAUCGUCCUCUCUGGGGCAGCGCCACUGGACAACAAGCAGCAGGGGGGUUCCGACACCAAGUGCCCCUUGGCGGUGAAGGUCCUGGACGCCGUGCGUGGGGCACCGGCUACAGCUGUCCAGCUCAAGGUAUCGCGGAAGACGGAGGAUGGCUCCUGGACCGAAGUCGCAGCAGGGGUGACCGACACGGCUGGGGAGGUCCACAACCUCAUCGAAGAGAAGGACUUCACGUCGGGUGUCUACAAAGCGACCUUUGACACACAGGCCUACUGGACGGCAGCAGGACGGACGUCGUUUCAUGAGGCAGCCGAGGUGACGUUCAAGGCCCACGAACAAGGUCACCAACACUACACACUGGCGCUGCUCCUCAGCCCCUUCUCUUACACGACCACAGCCGUGGUCAACGGCGCUCACGAGUAACGGCCUCGUCCGCCACGUAGCUAGGCACGGUGAACGACGGACGCUCGACGCACAGUAACGUAAAAGUAAGGUAGGCGGUCCAGAAGCUGAGGUGAAGGGGAAAUGUUUCAUAACCACGGGUCAGUUUCCUGCACUCUGCCAAACAGCAAAUUGGGCUUCAUUUGAGCCUUGUCCCAUUGACUCAACAUUGCAAAGAACAAGUUCUUUGAAUAAUAAAGAAAUGUUGAAAUAACUUUUUCCACCUACAAACAACCAAUAAAUGAACGUAGGUCUUGAUUGAUUGGAGGAUUGAUUUAAAGUGAUUUUUCAAUGUGUAAAAUCAUUCUUUUUAAAAAUUGUCAAAUGUUUUAAAUACUUUAAUGAAGGCCUCAGUUUUAACUAAAGCAGCAAACAUUGUCUCCCAUCAGUUAAGUACAUACUAUGUGUACUUUUAGUAUUUAACAUUUUCAUAAUAGUUUGAUCUAUACCAAGUACUGAAUGUAUGUGAAAAGUAAUGUUUGAUUCAAAUAUAUAUUACAAAUUGAACACCGACGAGCCUCCGCUGUAUCUGUCCUCAAAAAUGUAAUGAAUGUUCAGUAAAUCAAGUGAUAGUGAAUUUCUUUAUUUGGAAGAAAAAUAUGCUAAAGCAGGUUGCAUGAACAUUUAAACAACUUCCUUUGCAGGAAAAAAAAGUCCAACAUAUAGUUUUGAACUGUCAGAACAGAACAUUUUGCACAGACUUUAAAAUUGAUGAUUGUACAAAUCACUGUAAAGUAAUAUCUUUUUUUGUCUGUCAAAAUAUUUUACUUUGAAUGUCCCUGGAGAAACAUCUUUAAAAAAUUUUAUAUUCUGUCCCCAAAUAUUUUUCACAUGUCCAUGUAGAACUAUUAUAAAUAAUAAAAAAAGUGCACUCAUUUCAAUUAACCCAAGCUUAUUUUCACAGCCAAAAACAUAAAAUAAAUCUCUAAAACAAACAUUUAAGUCAAACAAAUGAUGGAAAAAUCUGAAGGCACAUUUACAUGAAUACUGCAAUAUGUAAUACUUAACAUUGUUUAAAAAUAAACACUAUAGUCUUGAUAUACAGAUACACUGGGGGUAGCAGAUGCCCAAUGAUCCUGCGGGAUAAUAGGCUCAGCCAGAGUCGUGUGGCGACAAGUUGUAUAUACUCCUCCCAAAAUAUUCAAGGUUUUGAGGAAAAAGACUCCACCCUUUUGCCAGGAUAUGUAACUUAUAAAACAUAUGAUUUGUCACCGAUACAUCAGUUAAGUGAUCACAUUUCAUUUACAUAUUUAGAUGGAGGAUCAGUUUCUCAGGCGCUACUUAGUCACCUGGUGCACCUCAGCAACACAUGUGGCCCAGCUACCAAAUUCAUACCUCAAAGUGGAACCUUGAGAAACGGGCUUUGAAUAACAAUGAUGCAAACACCUGCUUGACAGGGUCUUGUGUAGCUGUACUUAUGGAUUUGUUACAUCAAUACGUGGACAUUGUCCGGCUCAAUGAACAUACUUCUCCAAAACUGCAUUGCCAGCAACGAUAAAUGGUAACCUGUUGCAGAAGUAAUGAUUUGUUAAACCUGUAUUUUUACAGUAACCCACCUGAAGUGAUGCCCUGAGGUUCUACAGGUGCUGGAUUUUUAUGUAGAAAAUAGUGGGUGUGCAACUACUUCCCCAAAAACCAUUUUUUUUUUUUUUU